AUGCAUCACUCGCCGGAGCACCACGAGUCAUACGUGGGCAAGCCCGUCUCCCAGCUUCCUACCCCCUCCUUCAUCAUCAGUCUCCCCAUCGUGAAGAGGAACAUUGCUCGGCUCCACUGCGAUGUCGAGAAGCUCGGCAUCGGCUUCCGGCCGCACGUCAAGACGCUCAAGACGAUCGAGGUGACGAGGAUGAUGCUCGCAAACGGCAGAUACAGAUCCGCUGUGGCGUCUACCCUGGCCGAGAUCCGCGGUCUCCUACCUCUGGUCCAGGAAGGUAUCCUCGAUGAGUGUCUUUACGGUCUCCCCAUCUGUCCGGGAUACGUCCCCCAGCUGGCUGAGCUGCGAAGGACCAUCGACAUCUCAUUGAUGGUAGACCACGAGCAGCAGAUCGAUGCGCUCGAGGCCUUCGGCGCUGACAGGCCCUGGGACAUCUUCAUCAAGCUCGACGUGGGCUCCCGCCGCGCGGGCGUGAGCACCGGCAGCUCCAGGCUGGCGCAGCUGAUCCAGCGAGCCGACAGGUCGACGGCCGUCAGCAUCCAGGGCAUCUACUGCCACGCCGGCCACUCGUACGGCGGCCGCUCGCGCGACGAGGCCGAGAGCACCCUCGGCGUCGAGAUCUCCAGGGCUCUCGGUGCGGCGGCUCUGCUCCCCGCUGACAGGGAGCUUGUCGUCUCGGUGGGGGCCACCCCCACCGCUCACGUCAUCGAGAGCAUGCGCUCGACCGUGCCGGCCAAUAUAAAGCUGGAGCUGCACGCCGGAAACUUUGUCUGCAAUGAUCUGCAGCAGGAAUCAACCACGUUGGUUGCGGAGGGAGACCUCGGAACGCGCGUGGCCAUGGAAAUCUGCAGCACGUACCCCGAACGCAACGAGGCCCUUGUCAAUGCCGGCGUCAUCGCCCUCUCUCGCGAGACGAGCGGCUACGACGGAUUCGGGAGACUGGCCGGCAAGCCAACCUGGCUUCCCGUCCGGCUUUCCCAGGAGCACGGCAUCCUUGCCUGCAGCGACACCGAGGCCAGGGUCGAGGACGAGUUCAAGGUCGGAGAUAGGGUCCUCCUCUACUGCAACCAUGCCUGCAUCACUGCCGCCGCAUUCUCUGUCUACUACGUCGUGGACGAGAACGAUGUGGUUGUGGAUACGUGGGUGCCCUGGAAGGGAUGGUGA